AUGCUUAGGUUCAUCUCCAAGAAUCGCCCCAUCAACAGAACGCAAAUCCAAACUCCAAUCAAGAUAGGAGACGAAAAGGAAAUACUGGUAGACCAUCUGACAGUAGAGGAACUGACGAAGGCGGAGCUACUGAUCUACAGGCAGCUCCAAAAAGAAGCAUUUCCAAAGACGUUCCAAGACCUACAAGAGGGAAGGCAACCACACCACAAGGAGAAAAUUGCCAAACUCCGACCCGUGUGGGAUGAAAGAGACAAGCUGAUCAGAGUGACCGGAAGGGUCGAAUUGGCACUAAGAGACAGGAACAUUGAACCUGCCAUACUGCUGCCCACUCACCACCCAGUUGUCAAAUUGCUCAUCGCAGACAGGCACGUCUCACUUAAACACGCCGGAGUGAAAACUACCCUCUCCGAUCUAAGGGAACGUUUUUGGAUCACCAAAGGACGUCAGCAGACUAAGUCAGUUUGGCAUGCCUGCGUCAAGUGCCAACGGCUAACUUCACCGCCAUUCACAGAAGUAGCUGCACCUCUACCACUGAAUCGCUUGAAACAAGCGAAAGCCUUCGAAAUCACGGGUGUGGAUUUCGCAGGGCCUUUGUAUUACAAACACCCAAUAUCACGUAAGAAACGCAAGCAAGCGGAACUUACGACCUCCGUGGAUCCCCCACAAACGGAUGAUCCAAGUAUGGAGACUCCAGCAGAGCCUCCAGCCAUGGAACAAACGGAGGAAAAAGAAAACCUCCAACCGGACGACUCAGGCAAGAAGAAAAAGGGUACAAUCAAGCAACCCAAAAGUUAUGCCUGCCUAUUCACCUGUGCGGUGACUAGGGCCGUCCAUCUGGAGUUGACUAAAACCAUGUCAGCACGUGACUUUCUCCUAGCCUUCAGAAGAUUUUCGGCUAGGAGAGGCAACGUGUCUGUCAUGUAUUCGGACAACGCACAAACAUUUAGGUGCGUUUCCAAACACUUAAAGGUCUUGAGAUCCGAUCCAGCGAUCCAUGACCUCUUAGCCAUGCGAAAAACCAAGUGGAUCUUCUCCGCCAGCCUAGCCCCAUGGUGGGGAGGCUUUUGGGAACGCAUGGUUAGGACAAUGAAAGACCUACUACGGCGUUCCAACGGCCGUGCGUGUCUAGAAUACGACGAGUUGGAAGUCAGUUUGAUCGAGACAGAAAGCGUAGUGAACGCAAGGCCACUCACCUAUGUGGCCGAGGGGAGCGAUGAUCCACUUCCCAUCACUCCAAAUCAAUUUCUGAACAACAGACGAUCUAAUUGCACUCCGCCGGAGCCAGCAAUUAACCUACUGACUCCCGACCCAACCAACGCACGACUCAUCGAAAUGGACCGUCUACGCAGAGACUACGUCAAGGACACCUGCGAGCGAUUCGUGAAUGACUACUUGCUACAAGUAGACAAUUUCCACUGCAAGGGAGGGCCUGGACGCAAGAUCCGAGUAGGUGAGGUUGUCAUCAUCCACGAUGACAACACAAAACGACUUAUGUGGACCGUCGGCGUAGUAAAGGAGCUGAUUUCCAGUCGAGACGGGCUGAUUCGAUCGGUAACGGUCAAGACCCCUAACGGGAACUUGAUUAACCGGGCGAUUCAGUCCCUACACCCCCUGGAAUUACGCGAGGACCAGCCCGACGACGUUGAAGUACUACCCGCGCCGGAGAUGGAGCCGGAAGAAGACACAACUCCAGCCGCCAGCCCGGUCGAAGAGAGCGAGCCGUGGAGCACGGGCUCUGGUGGGGAGUGUGUUGGGAAUAUAUUAGAUUCCCAACAGCAGACGACGCGGUAA